CUUUUCUUCUUACUUUUUCCAAACAAGCUAAAGCACCCCUACUCUAUCGUAAACAGCAGCAUUCUAGCAGCAGAUUGCAUCAAAUCACCAACAAAGAUGCGGCGACGACCAUGGCUUGCUGGCGAUGACACGGACGAUUCCGAUCCGGACGAGAGCAACGACGACGAGUUUGACGAGGACGAAGAAGAUGUGCUUCCAUCGGAUGCUGGAAACAGCAGCUCGGCAGCGAAGUCCGCAUCAACAACAACAACAGCAGCAGCAGCAGUGAUGCCGAGCGAGGGUUUGAGUGCUCCUGCUCAGGGAGCCCAGAUUGCAGCGAUGGAUGGUCGUGGGAACGAGCAGUCCGCAGCAGCAGCCAACGCGCUGAUCGACGCAGCAGCAGCAGCAACAACAACAGCAGCAGCUCGUGUCGAUGAAGGCCGACACGACACGACUGCAUCUGCCGGGAUGGCCGAGGCGAGCGGACUGCCGGAUCAGCCAGCGUCGGAGUUCGCUGCGUCGGAUCCGAGUGUUGCAGCCAGUAGCAGCAGCAGCAGCAGCAGCAGCACCGACCACUCUGCUCCAGGCAACAGCAGCAGCAACGGCAGCAACAGCAACAACCAGGUUGGCAAUGCCGAGGCUGCGUCGGCGAUGGAUGAAGCACUGGCAGUCACUGAGCCCGCCGUUGAGGCCACUUUGGCCGCCGAGCAAUCUGCAGCUGCGCAGAGCGCCGGCGGGCAAGGAGAAGCGGUCGGCGAGCUGGCAUUGCGGUUCAAGCACCUCAAGGAGCAGUUUGAGCGUGGCGAGCUGACGCGCGACGAGUACAAGCACGCGCGAACGAGCCUCGUCGACAGCCUGACCGGAACUACGUCGGCCGGCUCCAAGAAGACGCCCGGCGUGACCUCGGCGGUGGUCAAGCCCGGCCAAGCGCCGCUCGCAGUGGUUCCGAAUCGACAGCGAUCGCGUCGACCUCAACUGCAAGAUUCCGUGACCGAUAACGAUUACAAGGGAGGGCCGCGACGUGCGCUUCCGCGACACUUGUUGCCUCAGGAGCCGGCCAAUCUCGAAGAAAAAGCCGUUAAACACAUCUUUGUCGCUUCCACGCGAUCAUGGCUUUCGUUGCCAACACGCGUCAAGGUGCAGCGUGAACUCCUUGGCAAGCACGGCGAGCGCAAGGCAUUCCACUUGCAAGAGGUGGGUCCUGGAAGGGACGUUGCGUCCGUCAAUUAUGUUGCCAAGAUUUGCUUGGACUCGGACGCCGCACGCCAGCUGCUGUUUCGGUGGGUGGAGGAUCAGAUGUACGCGCGCGAAUGGGCCAACAAGUUCAACGAGUUCCAGCCGCCAAAGAAAGUCACAUUUGUCGAUGCCUGGUUGCUCGAGCUGGUCGACCGCUCUGACAAGCCGAUCUGCGCCGUCGAACAGUUCCUCAGUGGGUCCUUCCAAAAGCAUAAUGACAAGGAAGGCAGACCAACGGUGCAAGACCGAAACACUCCGCAGGCCUUCUCGCACUUUUCGUACGUGGCUUCGGACAGCAAACUGUUGAUUUGCAACAUCAAGGGUGUCGGCGACACCUACACGGAUCCCCGCAUUUGCCUGGCAUCCCACGCCUAUUUGCCCCAGCAAGGAGCCGGGGAGGCAUCGGCACCGGCGGCAGCCGCGCUUGAGCUCGAGAUUGCCGCCGACGAGCGAACCAUUGCCAACUUUAUCGAGUCGCAUCGCUGCAAUCCGAUUUGUGUCUACCUCAAGCUGCCCAUUAUGAACGGACCCCCGACAACAGAGGCGGACGCUCAAUCUGCUGCCGCAGAUAAUCAGGCUGCUCGCUCCCGCGCUGGAUCAUCGCGUGGGACCAAGCAGCGCCGGAGAGGGCGUCGCAACAGCGACGCUGCUCGACAGAUUGUGGCUGGUCGAGACGAGAUGCGUGAUGCAGGCAAAACUAUUCCCGCCGUCACGUACAUGCCGCGUGAAAGUGUCAACAUGAUGCGAGCGCUGCAUUCCCCGAGCCUGGCUACUUCUGCCGCAGCCUCCAGCACAGUCACACGAGCGCCUGGCGGGCUUCCGUUUUUGCUGCAAUGUUGUUCGAUUUUGUAAAAACAAUGUGCUUGUCGAUUUGGUGUUGACAUGCUCGAUUUUUUUUUGUUUGUCCUGGACUCGGUUUGUUUUGAUUUCGGU